CCUCUUGUCUGUCUGCGGUUUAAGUGUACGUACAAUGUGGAGGAGGAAGUUUGUGGUUCUGUAAUUACUAUCUUAAAAUUACAUGGAAUAUCUCGAGAAAAUUAUGAUAUUUAAAUGAUGAAACCCUCGGAACAGUAGUUGAUUGUUGAAGUAAUCUCGACAAUGCCUGGAAACGUUGUGCUGUGUGUGUGUGGAGGCGGAAGUGGUGCCCACGCUCUGGCCGGACUAGCUACACAGAAAGGGGUGGAAGUGCGCGUUUUGACAUUAUUCGAGGGCGAGGCAAAGAAAUGGUCCCGCGCAGUCCAGAAGGAAGAGAUGACAGUCGUUAUAAACGAGAAUAACCGUCCCCCGCGGGAGGUUAUGUCGAAACCAAAAAUGAUCACGAAAGAUCCGGAGGAAGCAAUUCCGGAUAGUGAUGUUAUCAUAUUUACUGUACCUGCGUCUGUACAUGAAAUGUACUUCAAAGCUAUUGCCGAGCAUAUAGGUAAACGAGCUCUGAUUGUAGGACUUCCGGGUCAGGCAGGGUUCGAAUUCCAAUGUCGUGAUAUCCUAGGCGAGAAAGCAUCAUUGAUUUCUGUGAUGUCUUUCGAAUCCUUGCCUUGGGAAUGUCGAGUAAGGGAGUUCGGAAAACGGGUUGAAAUUCUUGGAACAAAAAUAUACUUGACCGGUUCAUUAAUACGCGGGAAAUCCGUGACGAAACCACCACUGAUGACGCUGCAAAAGUUUCUUGGUUCUCAACCAAUCCUUAGGCAGUCAAAACAUUUCCUCGAGACGAUCAUCAUGAGCUACUCGUUCAUUCACCCUGUUAUCUUUUAUGGAAAGUGGAAAGACUGGGACGGAAAGAAAGUAAAUGAAGCGCCAUUAUUUUAUCAAGGAAUUGACGAACCCACUACUGAAUUGUUACAGAAGUGCAGCGAUGAAUGCACGGCUGUAGCUGCUGCAAUACUCGAGGCCGCACCAACCAAAGCGAACCUGAGUGACGUUAAGGAUAUCCACCACUGGUACAUGGAAAACUACAAAAACGAGAUAGCAGAAGCUAGUGAUCUGUUCCAUUCCAUCACCACCAACAAGGCGUAUGAAGGGUUAAAACACCCUAUGGAGGAAUCAGAGAGCGGAAUGGUGCCUGAUUUUAGUACACGGUAUCUCACCGAAGACAUUCCGAUGGGGAUGGUUGUGCUUCGCGGUCUGGCUGAAGUCAUGGGGGUUUCCGUUCCGAUUCAUGACAUGCUGAUAGAGUGGGGCCAGGAAAAAAUGGGAAAGGAGUAUCUCGUUGAUGGGAAACUUACUGGGAAAGACAUUGAGUCCACCCGCUGUCCACAAAGAUAUGGUUUUUUAUCACUCGACGCCAUUCUGACUGGAGAAAAAUCAAAUUGAAUUGGUUACUUUUUAAACUGGACAGUGUGCUCAUUGGUGGGGAAUUUACACCCUCUAGAACCACUUUCAAAGGCAAAUAUUUCCAUGUAUAGGAAAUCUUGGAGUUUUACUGAACUGUGCUGGAAAGAACAUCAUAUCGUUCAGCGUGUUGUGACGGCAGAUAUGUUGUAUAGCAUUUCUAUGCUGCGAGUUAUUUUUAUAAAAGUUAUCGAACAAUGCGGAGGUAUUUUACAGACCAAAAGGGCACGAAGUAGAAAACUACAUAUUAACAGGCCAGUGGCGUGAUACACGAGGAGAAAAACGUGAGAACGAUUGUUUGGAAGGUGUCACUAAAGAAUCUAAGGAAAGAAUAUUUUUAACAAAAUGUGUUUGACGAGAUUUUUUUUCUUUUUCAUUCUAGAAGUCACACUCGGCGCGCUUUUUGUCACUUGAUGUCAGCUGUUGUAGAUUUUACCGUCUAAAAUUAUGACCAAGUUUGUAUUGUCAUUUUUUACCCUGAAAUGUAGUUUAAAUUUACUGAUAACAUAAAAUGCUUUUUGAGUGCGACCUCAGUAUGUGACCAAGUUUUGUAUUUCGAACCGACUUCACAGAAAUCAUUAUCAUCCUCCCUUCUCGAUAUCGACUCCCGUACACGUGCACUUCAGCAUGAAAUUUGCUCCUAAAUAUAACCUUUCUUUGUUUCAAAAGCCUCCACUGUAGCAAAAUGGCAAAGAGGCGAUAUUUUUUUCUCGAACAAUCGAUCACAAUGUGUCUGCAUCUAUCAUCAAAGAAUUUUUUAAUUUCUUAUUUUGUUUUAAGAACUUCUAUUCUAGUGUUCCAUCACAAGCUAAAAAUGGCGACUUAAUGCUUUUUUUCUAAACAUGUUAUAUCUUACUUUUCACUUCAGCGUUUUACCAAGGAAGACCUAACAUAAGAGACUCCAUUUGUCUACAAUAUUUUUUGUUUGGGGAUAACGACUGCCUAGGGAAUGAGACUUCAAACAAUACUUUAACGCCAAGAUAUUUAAUCAUCCUGUGAUCAUAGUGUGUAAACAAAUAGUGACUAAAUCUAACAGAAUUUGAAAUUUCCCUUAAAACAAAAUUGAUUAUUGAUUUUAUUGAUAUCGACAUCACAUUGAUAUCAGAAUCGCAAUAUCGGGUAGAUUUUUAGAUCAAUAAAAACGGAUACCUAUCAUUAUGGUUGGCUAUCGCUGUAGUUAUGACGGACACUUGACAUAAACAUUACAACAGAUGUCAUUAUUAUUUUACAUAGUAUCAAACGGUCGAUAUUAUUUACAAUGUGGUGUUAGACUUCAGCAUUCCCUAACGCUUUAUUGUGACAUGUAUACGUGUAUUUUGGAAACAAUUUUAAAUGUUUUAUUAAAGAAAACAGAGUGAUAUUGAAA